GCUUGAGGGAGGGGAGCGCAGUCGUUUCUUGUUUGGCGGGAGGGAAGGAAGUCAGGAAGGCGGCGGCGGGAGCGAGGCGCUGAGGGAGAAAAGAGCGGCUAUUUUCUGUUUUUAUCCGGCUCAGCCAUGUCGUCGCGUCAGCGGAGCCCGCUCGGUGGCCGCGCUCACAGUAGGUGCGUGUCCUCUGCCGCCUCCUGAGGGGAAUUGGGGGUGGGGGUGGGGAGGGGUCUGGAGGCGACCCAGGCCCCGCUUUGUGUCGAGGGCCGCCUUCCGUGCCUCAGCCGGCGAGGCGAAGGGAGGGCGCCGUGAGGGGGCCGAGAGGGCCUUGAAACUCCUUCCCGCCGCAACCCCCCCAUUCCCAAAAUUUGCCUUUUAUGGUUUCUGUGAAGUAGGUCAGCGAGAAGGAAGGAGACCCUGGUAAGGCAAAUGAGGGAACCAAGAAGAAAGGAGAAAUAUUUGUUUGUUUAUGCGAGUAACGUCCCCCUCCCCCAAUUUCAUAAUUUUAAGUUAUUUUUUUAUUGAUAAUAGUUCAGCCAUCGUUUAUUAUAAUCGCUAAGAUAAUAUAAUAAUAAUUCAUUAUUUAUACCCCGCCCAUCUGGCUGAGUUUGCCCAGCCACUGUAGGUGGCUCCCAGUCAAGAGUUAAAAACAGUACAGCGUUAAAUAUUAAAAACUUCCCCGAAUUUCUGUCUUAUUUGCCGAUGUUCUGAGAGUUCAUUUUCUUGUGCGCUGUUGCAAUAGGCCGUGGAACAACAGAUCGACUGGACGCUUUGCGAUUUCCGAAAUAGAGGAAACUCUAAACUGGAGGGACUCUUUGAGAGAACAGCUCUGCUUAUGAAACGGUCUUAAUAAGGCCACCUUUCUCAACCUUGGGUCCUCGGAUGUUGUUGGACUACAACUCCCAUCAUCUGUGACUGCUGGCUAGGGAUGAUGAGAGUUGUAGUCUAAGAACAUCUGGGGACCCAAGGUUGAGAUAGGCUGGUCUAGGGGGUACAGGAGAGACUCUUUGUGCUAACUGUUUGUCAAUAAAUAUUCCACAUCUAGGGUGCAGUUUUAAGAUGUGCGGUUAAAACGCCAACAUGCAGUACUUUGUUAAGUCAUCUGAGGGCGGGGGUGUUGUUUUUUUAGAUUAUCCCCCCUUUUCUCUCUAUCCACAUAGUUAGUUGUAAAGUCCUCAGAGGGCAUAAGAAGGACAAUCCAAUUAGGAUUUAAAUUUUGUAUUUUUAAAAUAUAUAUAUUAAAUUUGUAUACUGGCUAUACCUGCACGUCUCAAUGUGGUUCACAGGAUAAAAUCACAAUAUAAAAACACAAAAUGCAUAAUCAAAAUAAAAAUGAGAAUGGCAGCCCAAUAACAACCCCACAACCCUCCCCAACAAGCAUUUUCUAGCAACUUUAUAGUCUACAUAUACAAAAUUGUUUACAGUUUCACUUUCUGAUUGCUUCCUCACAGACCACCAGCUCGUUGGACUCAAGGAAGGAAGCGUGGAGCAGAUGGCAAACACAGAAGCACACAUGAUCCAAGCAUGUCCAAUUCUGAUGAUAAAAAUACAUGCAGUUUGUCAGACAGUAGGCCAGAUAGGUAUGUAUAUAAAGUAUGCUGAACUUAAAGCACAAUUAAAGUUAACUUUUAAUGCAUAGAUGAUAUGCAGUAAUUUUUGACAACUGAUUAUGCACUUGCAGCAUACUAGGUGUAUACUACACUUUUAGAGGACGUUAAAUGCAAAAAUUCAAAUUGAAUUGUUUAAUUUGUGGGCCUACUGGUACAGGACACAUUUUAUUGUACUUUUAAAAAUAUUGUUUUAAAGCUUCAAUUCUAUAUUUAUUGGGAUUUGGUUUAUAGUUUCACAACACCAGAAGGCCAUAAACCCCGUUCACGAUGUUCAGACUGGGGAAGUGCAGUUGAAGAAGAUGAAAUGCGGACUAAUGUUAAUAAAGAAAUGGCAAGGUAUGACUGCAUAAUUCAUUAAAAAUAUUUGUUGGGAUGUAGAAAUAUUCAGUGGCUGCCUACUACUGAUGAGAUCAAAACCACCAGAGUGCCUAUAUUACGCAAAUCCAAUUGAAAAAAACGUAAUAGGCUGUAUGAUAACAAUUACAAAGUUAUUUACUAGAAACUACUCAAAAAUUAGAUACAGCUUCUCAUUGUGUCAAAAUCAACAUCGUGAAAUAAUAUAUUGAAAUUAUGUCAUGAUGUUGAUUUUGACAGUAUGAGAAGCUGCAUCUAAUUUUUGAGAAGUAGUUUCUAAUAAAUAACUUUGUAAUUGUUAUCAUACAGCCUAUUACAUUUAGGUGUUUUAGUACUGAUGAGAUGGCCAAAUUUUAACUGUCUUACUUGGAUGCUGGAAGUAGAUCUUAUUCUGAAUGUGGGCGCAUUGUGAUUUAUUCCUCUGAGCAGUGAGUUGAGAAUAAUAAUAUUGAAAACUCCCAUAUACAGAAAAAGAGAACAUUUUGGUCUUUUUCAUUUGGCAACAAAAACAAUUAUUGAUUAUGUUAUAUUGUACAAAGUUAUAAUAUAACUAUAACUUUAUUAUUGUAAGUCUUUGAGAGACGAUAAUUGGUCUGUAAAGUGGGAUAAAAUAUAGUAAAACAAUUAUGUAAUGAUAAAACUACCCAUUUUGGAUAAGUGUAUUGGUAUGCAAGCAGCCUGAGAAGCGACCUAGUAAGCUAUGUUAGUUGAUUGCUUUUUGUUCUUGUCUUAGAUCUUCAUGGGCAUUGCAGCUAGGGAGGGGAGGGUUAAUCUUCCCCAACCACAAUAUCCCUAAAGAUACCUCUUCACCUGCACAGGAAUUUAUGCUUGCAAAAUAUCCACAACAGUUAAAAGGCUGUUUUCAAUCCUAAAUGGAGGUGGGGAAGGGGUUCUAGCUGUGCAUGGGAAAGGAAGGGCCAUGACUUUACAGCAGUAAUAUCUCCAGGCCUCCUGCACUGAAAUGCUUGCUUUCUAUUGCAAGACUGAGUGAAUCUGUCUUCUUUGUUGAGGGAUGCUUAACAUUUGGGGAGUAUAGCUCAAGUAGGGAAAAUAAAUUAGGAAAUGAUUAUUAUGGUCUGCUUGAAUAAAACAAUUAAAGCUAUUUAUUUAUUGUAAUUAUGAUUGAAGGAUUUACAUCUUGUUUUCUAAUAAUAUUUUAAAGAUAUUAACGUUAUGUGUAGUAAUUUUCUUAAUUAAGAAAAGGGGAAUACUUUUUGAAGUCUAAAUGAUACAGAGGUGAGGGGGCUCCCAAGGAUACACCUUGCAUGUGGGCCAGUAAUUUGCCACCUCUGAGCCACAUGGUAUCAUUGUAAUGUUAAAGUUGGUAAAUCACUGUUAUGAGUGGGAUUGUUAAACUGGAAACAAAUGCACCUACGCUGUUAAGUGCUUGGGAAAAGGAUUCCGCUGUAGCUAUUACAAGGGCAACAUAGCUUAAAGCUGAAUGUAGUAAUGACGUCAGAUGUAAAGGUUUUUGAGAGAAGCUUCCAGUUUCUUAACUUGGAGCAACUGUUCUGAUUAUGAAGAGAUUGAAUGGGUCCUACUCAACUGAGUAUUUAUUAAAUAAGCCUCACUAUCAGGUGACCAAGAUUUAACGUUGGGUCCUACUCAACUGGGUCCUACUCAACUCAUGGGUCCUACUCAACUGAGUAUUUAUUAAAUAAGCCUCAAUAUCAGGUGACCAAGAUUUAACGUUUCAGCAGUUAGCAGCCUUAUGUAAAGGUCCUGCAUCUUCAUACUGUAAUAGAGUGGCUAUGAUAUUAAAAUAGUGGAAAUGUGUGCUAAAAUAAAAGUACAUUUUGUAGAUACAAAAGAAAACUCUUGAUAAAUGAAUAUGGAAGAGAGAGGAAGCUGUCUUCUGGAAGGUAAGAGUCAAAAACUCAUCUGUUGGGUGUGGUGAAAUGCUUAUUUUGAACUGUACUGUUUUUCUGGUUAGCUAUGAAAAAGCUAGAGCUUUCCUGUUCUUUAAUGUAUCGUCUGUUUAGCCCUCAUUAUCAGUCCUUCACUAGUGAGUGCUUUUACUCUACCCUUCAGCAUGCUUUGGAGGUGGCUUACAAAAUAACAAUAUAAAAUACACCCACAUAUCUAAAAUCUUUCGUUCUAGAAGUUGCAUAAAUCUCAAACCAAAUGUAACACAAUUUUAGUUUUAAAAGCCUAGGGGAAAAAAAGGUAUUUGCCUGGCACCAAAAUGAGAACUUUCUCAUUUUUAGGAAAGCCUCUCAGGACAGAGUAUUGCAAAGCUAGGAUACCAUUACUGAGAGGUGAUGACCCACUGCCCCAGAUGGCAAAAGAAUGACCUUUGCUUAAGAUUUUACUGUACAGACAUGCACAUGUAAGAUAGGUACCCCAGUCCUAAGCUGAGAAGCGCUUAAAAGCAAACACCUUGAACUGAGCCCAGGAUAUUGAUUGGGGUCUAGUUAGAAUUGGGAGCCACUGGUUUAGUAUGAUCAUAACACAUAGCCCCAGUAACCGUGUUUUGAUCUAAUUGGGGUUUACAAACACCUUCAAAGGCAGCCUUUGUGUAAAGUGCAUUAUAGUAGUCCAAUCUAAAGGGUACCACCAGAGCAUGCCAGUGUGAUGUGGUUAAGAGCGGUGGACUCGUAAUCUGGUGAACCAGGUUCGCUUCCCCGCUCCUCCACAUGCUACUGCUGGGUGACCUUGGGCUAGUCACACUUCUCUGAAGUCUCUCAGCCUCACCUCACAGAGUGUUUGUUGAGGGGGAGGAAGGGAAAGGAGAUUGUUAGCUGCUUUGAGACUCCUUAGGGUAGUGAUAAAGCAGGAUAUCAAAUCCAAACUCCUCCUCCUCCUCCUCCUCCUCCUCCUCCUCUUCUUCUUCUUCUUCUUCUUCUUCUUCUUCUUCUUCUUCUUCUAUAUAGCAGAGUGGGUGGAGGGUUUAGGAGGGCAGAAAUGGUGUCCAGUACAAGCCCCAAUAGUGCCAAAAGGUUCAAGGUUGGCUGAAACCCUGAAAAGGUGCCAAACUCCAGAAAAACUUGCUAAAAUGUAUAAUAAUAGAUCAUCUACAUAUUGAAGAUGCAACAGAGAAAUUGGGUCUUAUUUGCAUAUGUGGUGGAAGUGUACAGACAUCUGUGUAUUUUGGAAUAAAACAUAUGAAGAACUUAAAAAAUUACUUAAAUUUACGUUAAAAAAAGGCCAGAAAUAUUUCUAUUAAUCAUAUUGCCAGAAGAAAUAGGGAAAUCAAAAAGAACAUUAUUCAUGUAUGGGAUAACAGCGGCCAGAAUUUUAAUAGCAAGAAAUUGGAAAAAUACAACAAUACAACCUAACACGGCAGAUUGGCAAAUCCUAAUGGUAGAAUAUCUGCAGCUAGCAAAGGUGACAGGAAGGAUAAGAUGCCAAACAAAACAAAUAGCCUAUAAGGAUUGGAGAAUAUUUAAAGAAUACUUUAAAAACUAUGGUAUAAAAGGAAACCUCUUGGCAGAAUUAGACUGACCCUUGUAUUGUAUAAAUAUAAGUUAGUAGGGAGGUAAAAAGAAACUGUAUAAGAAAUAUGUAACUGCAGUAUAAGGUAACCAAUAGAUAAAGUACAGUGAGACUAACUGGAAGUCAUUUUAAAUUUUUCUCUUUACAAGUUUUAUAAUUGUUUUCAUUAUUGGAAGUAUAAAUGAUGUUAGUCAUAUUAAUUUUGCUGUUUCUUAUAUUGUUGUAGUUUGCUUCUAUUUUCUAUUGUUUGCCUGCUUGUUUGCUUGUACGUAUGUAUGUAUGCUUAUUCCCCCCCCUUCAUAAAUGUACUUAUUUUAAAACAAUAAAUAUAGAUUCAAAGUAAAACCCUGAAAAGGAACACAUCCAUUUAACUACGGGGAUACAUUUCAGUACAGCAUCCCACCACCAUCUAUGCGCAACCACAUUUAUGUUGGCCACUGCUAAAUAAAUAGUUUGGCCUCCCCUUGUUCAGGGCUUCUGCCUGAGUGAGGGAUGGCUGCCUGCGAUCAACCAGCAGUGCAGGGUGGGAGGUGCCUUCUCUCUGCUUCUCCUCCAUUGCGUGCCUGCACCCCCCUCCUGGCACCAGUUCUGGUGGCGCCCUUCUUGCACUGGUUCCUUGCAGGCUGGGCAGCGACCCUGAGCAAUUUCCAGGCUGAGUCUCUCCUCCCUGUGUGCCUUCCUUAAAAGUGGGGUGCUCCCCACUUUACGUAAUUACACUUUAUGAGUGUAGGGGCCUGGAACGUAACCCCUGUGUAACUCGGGGGACACCUAUACCAUAUUGUGUUACAGUUUCGUUAGUAUUUAUAUAGUGCUGUUAACCUGUCAUGAAAAAGGUAGAUUUAAAAAAUUAAAAUCAACAUUAUAUUUUCAGUUCUGACUCCAAGGAGUCCACAGCAGCAGUGGAACUUGAGACGGAUGAGGCUGUUCUGAUGAGGAGACAGAAGCAAAUAAAUUAUGGGAAGAACACACUGGCAUAUGACAGAUAUAUUCGAGAAGUUCCAAAGUAUGUUUUCUUGUUUACCAGGAACAUUUGGGUUUUCUUUUAUAACUUGCUACUGGUUUCAUUGCAGACACUUAUGGCAAGCAUAAAGUAUGGCUUGAUUCUAAUAUACUGCCUUCAUUAAAGAAUAUAGCUAUUUUUCACCCAUAGUCUUAUUUUAGUUAAAUUUUUGAAUAUGUUUUAGCAUUUCUGUGAUUACUCACUUGAACAGGUCAGUUGUCUUUUGAAGUAUACAGGCAGAUAAUGUUCUAAAUUGAAGCAUUCAGAUAUGUGUUAAAUUAAGCAACUGUUUUGCUAAAUUGCUAAAGGCAAUAGUAAGCAGAAAGAAUGACACUAAUGAAGUGAGAUUUUGAUUAAUUAAAAAUUACUGUAAUUAAUACUUGCUCUUGCAUUUGGAAUAAAAGCAUGGCUUGGAUUAAAAUGCCAUGUAAACAGUUUUUAAUUUUUGUUCCAGGUGUCUACGAGUUCCAGGGGUUCAUCCAAGGACUCCCAAUAAAUUUAAGAAAUAUAGCCGAAGAUCCUGGGACCAACAAAUCAGACUGUGGAAAGUUGCACUUCAUUUUUGGGACCCUCCUGGUGAGAGAAGUUGUGACAUGCAAGUAAUGUAAGUACCAGGUAUUUUUAGAGUGAACAGAACCUAAUAACUUAAAAGAAUGAGGGACUGUCUGUUUAGAUCUUAAGAAUUUCAGUUAUAGUGAUCUUCUCCUUAAUAUAGCUAGGUUUAAGAGAGUUAUUCAGUUUAGACUUCGUUUUAUAGCAAAGUUUAGCAUAUAAUCUGUAUAACGGGUGAGCUUAAGAAUAUUGAUUUUCAAUAGCAUUUAUACACAUAUAACUGUGUGACUCAGAACUAAGAUUGCCUUAACUCCCAGAAGUAUGUGAACUGUUAAAGGUUUUAAAAACCAGCAUUGCCAAGCUUAAGUAGCUAUCAAAAUACAGCUAUGGGGCCAGAUGUAUAAACUUGGAAACCAUAGGCCUGGAAUCUUGGUUCUGAUCACUCAUAGACAUUGCUUGGGCAAUAUAUAACUGUCAAAAAUGAAUAACUGAUAAUUGCUUUUCUCCCCUCAUAGUAGUCCUGUUGAUCUUGGUGACAUGGAAACAGAAUCUAUAGGAAGCAAUUCUGCUGGGUCACAAGGAAGCUCUCAGGAUAAUGAUGUAAGUACUUUGAAGCCUGGAAUAAAUAUUUUGUUAGUCCUGCUUCAGUAUCCAUUACUGUUAGGGUGCUAGAUCACUGAUUAACCCAAUCUUGCAACAAAGUCUGAAAGGUACCAGCUGCUUGCCAAAAGCUAGUGGACUGCCAACAGGUGAUGCACUGCUGGGUUUGUUGAUGUUGAACUACCCAGUAUCUGCUUAUUUUUGUCUCCAAAACUACCUCAUCAGGGUACAUAGCACCUCUAUUUUUUCCAUAGGCAUUGUAAAACUCUUCUUCCCUUGUGUUCUCCACCUUCCCAUACCUCUUCGGUCCCUCUUUUCUCUGCCCACCAGGUACAGAAUGUGUUUCCCCUUCCUUUAGUAUGUUUGUGUAUGCUUUUCCCACCACCUCACAUACUUGCAUUUGUCAUUUCUCUCCUCCCACCCCGCCAACAUUUUCUGCCUUUAGUAUACAGCCCUUGCUUUGCUAGGUGAUACAUUUUCCUUAACCAGAUUGACAUAUCUGACAAAAGUUGCAUUAUGAACAUUUUUCAGAGUGACCUCCCACCAUAAGUUAGAAUAAUUUUAACUAUUAUGGCAUCGCAGCACUUCAGCAAUUGUAGAGGAAGAGGUUUCACAAACAACAGGAAGUUGAUGAUCAGUUUUCCUUUUCCAUUCCCACAUAGCACGGACAUUAUUUUAAGUUGUUCUGUGGCUUCAGAGGAAUAAUUGAAGUGUCACAUUACAGUAUAGAACAUAAAGGUUUACAGGGGAGAGAGGAUGAUUUGCACAGUCAUAGGAAAUUAACAAAAGGGGAAAAAGGAUGAUUUGCACAGUCAUAGGAAAUUUACAAAAGCUGAGAUAAACAAAGGUUGUGGUUCAAAAUCUUAUUGCCAUUGACUGCUGCUGUGAUGUCAUGAAUGAUGCAAUAUUACAAUUGCUAAGAUUUUCUUUACAAAAGACCUGGAGGUGUAGAGGUUGUGGCUUUUUGUGAAAAGUGCAGAGAAAAGAGAAUAAUUUCAGUAAUUAAGUUAUAAGUGAAGGUGUGAUGCAAUGAUGGCAUAAAAAAUGAGGUUUGAGUGAGUGAGUAGUAGAUAAAGGGUGAAUGUUGGACAGGAAGGGAAAAUGUCUUAAAUUUUCACAGAUCUGCCUUUUUCUUCCUGAGAAAAACCCUAAUGGUGUGAGGGAGAGGUAUUCAGAACUUGGGAAAAAUUAAAGCCAUCUAGUUGCCCUUAUGUGCUAUUGAAUCCCCUUGGCAAGAUACAAUUCUUUACAGUGGUACCUCUGGUUACGAACUUAAUACGUUCCGGAGGUCUGUUCUUAAGCCGAAACUGUUCUUAACAUGAGGUGUGCUUUCGCUAAUGGGGCUUCCUGCUGCUGUCGCACUGCUGGCGUGCGACUUCCGCUCACAUCCUGGGGCAAAGUUUGCAACUAGGGGCAUCUACUUCUGGGUUAGUGGAGCUCGUUACCCGAAGCAUUUGUAAGGAGGACGGUAUGUAACCCGAGGUUCCACUGUACUUUGGAAAAAAUUUAACAGAGUGUGUUAAGAAUGAAUACCCAGGAGUGAGAUUUUCCGUACCCCACUUAGAGACAAUUGUAGCUAAGCAGUAUAUGAAUUGUUCAAAUAAAUAAAUAAUAGUUUAUCUAUUUGUCUUGUUUGUUAAUCGAGUUUUCCAUUUGUUUUAGGAAAACUGUACAGGCACACCCACUAAAGUGAGAAGCAUUGACCACCUGGUGGAAGAUGAAUUUGAGCUGGAGACAUGUUAGGUUUUGACAUACUUUAUGACUGCAAAGCAUGCAUUCUACUGGCUGCUUUUUGAGAAAGGAAUGUCCUACUCAGAAGACACAUACACCUGAAACUGUCUUAUCUAACAGUCUGGAGAACUGGAGUAUGGCAGCUGUGAAAUUGCAAUCAAUGUUUUCGCCUGACUACUUUUUUUUAUACAAAGCAUAAAACUUGAGUUAUAUGUAAUUGAGUGAUUGCCUAAUUUUAUGUAUACUCAGGAGGUAGCUUUAUAAACAGUUUAAUUAUAGUUCAGAAGAUAAACCAGCCCAGACAAUGUUGACACACUUGAAGAGCUUGAACACUUGACACAUUAGAAGAACUUCAGCAUCGGUGCUGAGCUAUUGGCUCUUGUCCAUAGACAAAGAAUAAGAUAGGCAGCAAGUAGUAGUUCUCCAGUCUGUCCUAUAAUUCAUAUUGCAAAGGACCACUUAUUGAUAGCACAAGGCGGUGGCAUUUUAUGCCUCUCAAACCUUUGUGUCCUUCAGAUAUUGACAACAUGUGUGCAAUAACAAGGUAAUGAGUGUGAACAGGCUCUUUAUGACAAAAGGCUUUGACCCAGUUUCCAGGUCCACCUUAUGGUGUCAGCUCUCAAGUUUAUUCUGAAUUGAUGCUUGUAAAUAGUUGUGUGCAGAACUUCACUAACUUUUAAAGAAGAAUUAAUGAACAGAACUUUGGAGACUGUUGACUUAUUUUUUUCAUAAUGUAAAGCUAUAGACUUUUUACUAAAACAGUUGCUGUUUUGUAUGGGAUAAGGUAUAAAUAAAGCAAGUACAUCUUUAU